UCUCAUUUGCAACGAUUCAGAAUCGAUCUGAAAUGUCCAAGAAUCGAUUUAAUAAAUUAUUAAAAUAAGCUGGCUGUUCCCCUCCAUUUUGUAACAAGCCUAUACGCGACGUCCAUACGUCACUCACCACGCAGCCAGUUUUGAACGCGGGCGGCAUCACUAAAACAGAGAAGAAGCAAACAUGGAUGAGAGGGAGAUCCAACCAGCCCCGUCUUCACUUAAAGCAAAAAUUUGGCGUCAUUUCGGUUUUUACCGAAUGCCUGGAAGCACGGCGCUGGACAUGACACACACAGUGUGCAAGCUUUGCAAAAUGAAGACCAAAUACUUCGGCAGCACAACAAAUGCACGGGCUCAUAUUACUAGGCAUCACCCGGAGGUCAGCGAAACGGAGCAGAGUCAGCCGCCAGCUGCAGACCAACGCACACUGCAGUUUUACACAAAACUCCCUGCCAACUCCGAGAGGGCAAAAAAAAUAACUCGGUCUAUCGCCUGCUUUAUCGCCAAAGACCUAAGACCUUACAGUGUGGUGGAGAACGAAGGGUUCGUCUGCAUGUUACAGACAGCGGAGCCGAGGUACGUCAUACCAUCCCGCAAGUUUUUCACGGAGUCAGCUGUGCCACAGCUUUACAAUGAGACUAAAAGAAAGGUCGCAACUGCCCUAACCGAAACGACCAGAGUGGCACUAACAUGUGAUGCAUGGACAUCAAGAGCAACCAAGUCUUUUGUGACAUUCACCGCUCACUACAUAACUGAUAAGUGGGUGCUCGAAUCCCGUGUUUUGCAAACUCGUGAGAUGCACGAGAGCCAUACAGCCGUAAAUGUCAAUGCCAUGUUUCACUCUGUUGCUAAUGAAUGGGAGCUGACGAUCUCGGAUUUGGUGAUUGUGACUGAUAAUGCUGCCAACAUGCUCGCCGCUGCACAGAUUGACAACUUAGCACACAUUACAUGUUUUGCCCAUACUCUCAACCUGGCUGCACAACGAGCUCUGAAGCUCAACACGGUGUCACGACUGCUUGGGAGGAUCAGGCGAAUUACUGGUUUCUUUCACCGCAGCGCCAUUGCAAAUCAUGAACUGCUGGAAAAGCAGAAACUUCUGCAGUUACCGGAGCACAAACUGAAAACGGAUGUCGCUACACGCUGGAACAGUGCGCUGGACAUGAUAGAACGAUUCCUAGAGCAGCAGCCUGCUAUUUGUGCCGCGCUGCUCUCCCCCCAGGUGAGAAAAUCUGGAAGUGACAUCUGCACACUCAGCGAAACCGACAUCUCCACGGCUGAGGAAAUAGCAUCGGCGCUAAAACCAAUGAAAGACGCAACCCUCAUAAUGUCAGAGGAUUCUACGCCUACACUCUCAGUUGUUGCUCCUUUACAUUCUCAAUUGCUACACGACACAGAUGCAGCUGGCGUUGCUGCUGCUGACACACCAGUUAUUCGGGAAAUCAAACUGGCAAUCCACGACGAUCUGGCGAAAAGAUACAGUUCUGCUCGGGAUAAGCGCAUGCUGUACUCUGCUUCGUUUUUGGACCCCAGAUUCAAGGCCCUGCCUUUCCUCACUGAGGAUGACCAGCUGGACAUCCAUGCAAAUGUAGUUUCAGAGGCUGCAGCACUUGAGAGACAAGUGAACUCAGAAGAGGCUGAGGUUGAGUCUGAGACACCACAGCAAGAAGAAGGCCCUGCUCCAAAAAGAAGGCCCUCUGCACUGACCACACUAUUGGGCAAGACAUUUACUGAGGUCAGUGUUGUCCGUAGAUCUAGCAGCUCCAGAGCAGAAGAGGAACUGAAGAAGUAUCUUGAAGCCCCUCCCCUUUCUCUGUCAGAGAACCCGCUCAGCUGGUGGAGGACCCAUCAGACAGCUUUUCCUCUCUUAGCUGGACUGGCUAAGCGAUACUUGUGUAUCCCUGGCACUAGCGUUGCAGCUGAAAGGGUUUUCUCCACCGCUGGAGAUAUAGUGACAGCACAGCGAAGCAGUCUCACUCCUGCACAUGUUGAUCAGCUUAUUUUCCUACAAAAGAACCUGAAUGUUGCAUCUGCAUAACCUUAGACACAGUUCAU